CGAGAGGAGGUGGUGCGAGGGUUGUUGCUAGGUUACUGCGAGCAACAGAAUCGGGCUUCAGUUGCGCCUGUAAGGAUACUUGGAGGAACCACCUGGACCCGAGUAGCCAAGUAUCUUAGGAAGAUGUCUAAACAGGAAGAAGAAUUUGAUGCUCAGGAUGUUCUUAAUGCAGCAGAAGAAAGUGACAAUGCUUAUGAGGCUAUCAAUAUUCCAGUUACGUCAGAAGACCUUCCAGAGUCAGAAGACAAUGAAUUAGAACCAGAACCAUCUGGUGGUGGCCGUGUUAAGGAGCAGAGUGACCAGAGUUCUGCAAGCCUGCCAUCAAACGAUGAAGAACAGCUCAUGGAAGAGGUUAUGUCUCCCCAACAGAUUUCACAGUCUCUAAGACAUUAUAAAGAGCCCUAUUUAACAGUCUAUGAUAAUGCAACACAGUCAGCCAAGGAGCAUUCAAAUGAUUAUGUGGCAUUUCUAGAAAAAAUGAAGGCUGUGAAGGAAACUCUAAAAACACCAAUGAUGGAUUCUUCAGCAACAGUAAAAAUUGUUCUUCUUCCUGUGGGCCAGGAAAUUAUAAUAUCUUUUAAUAUUGACAGCACUUUAAAAUACCUCAGGGAUCACUUUUCAUACUUACUAAAUGUGCCAUCUGAUGUACUGCAGCUAAGACAUGCAGGAAAGAUUCUUAAAAAUAAUGAGACUCUACUACAACAUGGAGUUAAGACACAGGAUAUUGUACAAGUGGAAAUCUUUUCUACACUUCCAGAUGUAUAUCCAGUCAAAAGAAUAAAUAGGUCAGAUGAUGCCUCUCAAGUGAUAAUUGUCAGAGUACAAACUGGCACUAAUCAGUACCAGCAGGUAGCUGUUGAGAUUGUAAAAUCUGACUUUCACAAGCCAUUUCUUGGUGGAUUCAGACAUAAAAUAACAGGAAUAGAAUAUCACAAUGCUGGAACACAAACUAUACCUAAAAAGAUUCCUGAAAAACACAAUGUAUUUUGUAGGGAUACCCAGACAGUCUUUCAGAGAAGAAAGCUCCAACAAACUGUAAAUACAACAUCCACACAGAUGACUAAAAUUUGUGUAUAUGUAUCAAAUGUAACUGAUAAGCUGGUAACUCCAGGAAGGUAUUUUUCAGCAGCAGAAUACCAUGCUCAAAGGUUAGCAGCGGUGAUAGUGUUACAGACUUACUAUAGACAAUGGCAUGCAAAAAACGUGGUAAAGAAUUUAAGAAGACAAAAAAUGUUAAGGUUAAAAUGGGAAGAACAGGAAGAACAAAGAAAGAUAGAAGAAAAAGAAGAAUGGAAGGCACUGGACUAUUACCGGAGGCAUAAUCCUCAAACAAAAGAAGAUUUUGAACUUCUGUAUAAUGCACUAGAAUUCUGGCGACAAGAAGAAGUGGCACGAAUUAACCAAUCUCUUACUGGAGCAGAAAGGAAAACUGCUUUGUGUGAACUUCUGGAAAAAGAGAGCCAAAUUAUUGCUUCCAUUGGGAGACAUAGAUACAUUGCUUCUAUAGCAAACCAGGAGGCAAUGAUACAAGCUUUUUUGAAUAAGUGUUCAGCUCCAAAGAAAUGGAGAAGAUCAGACAGCAAAAUAAUUGAGAUGGAUACACAGUUCACUAUCAGAGCCAGAGAGCUACAGAACAUCUAUAAAUGCAUUAUUCUAAAAAAUCUCUCUCAAGAUGAGAGGCUGGAUGUACUGUUAACACUUAAACAUACUGUGAAGGAACAUGAAUGUAAACUGACCCAGGAAAUUCUAGAAUUGAUUGACAGAGAGGUUGACCUUAUGAUGAGAGGCGUCAAACAAGAAAACCUUGAGGGACUCAGAAAAAGAAUUGCAACUCUGUUUUUUCAUUACAUCAAAACUCCUCUGUUUAAUCCAGAAGUUUCAAGACACCUUAAGGUCCCUCAAGACCCACUGAAGUUUUAUAAGAAGAUUUACUAUUGCCAUAGUUGCCAGCUCUAUUUGCCUUCUACAGAGUUUGCUAUAUCAUCCACCUCACACCGCAUAAACAGGUGUCGUAAGUGCAUUAGCCUUGACAAUGAGUCUCAGCAACGAGAAUCAUUCUUGAAGUACAAAUGUUUACUUCAGCGGCUCUACUCUUCAGAAGCUGAAUAUGAAGAUGAUUCUAAAAUUGCUUUCCUGGUGCAGCUGCAAGAUAUUCAGUACCUGAUUGAGAACAUCUGGGUGUCCCAGUCAGCACUCAGUGCCUGGAAUGACCUCAAUGACCUGGUCAUGGUCAGGUGGGACAAGUCCGUCGAGUGGUCCCCCUGGAACUGCAUUCUUCUCACCAAGGAUGAAGGUGUUGCUCAUCUCAAGCUAAAAAGUAUUGAAGAGGGAUACAGACCCUCGUUUAUUCACAAGAUCAAGCACAAACAUUUCCUGGCUAAGAACUAUUUUUCUCAAAUCCCAGUCCUGGCUUCAUUUUUACUUGAAGAUCCUGAAGUAGAAGAGAUCAGAAAGAAACGUCACCCAGAAACAACAGUCAAGGUCAUAGAAUCCCCGAAGCCUGCUCCUUAGAAGACCCAGGAGUAUUGGU